UAAAAUACUCAUCAAAGGUCCCUCAAAAAGCUAACCAGUGCUCAGAGCCCAGCAAAUAAUGGCAUUUAGGGCAGGGUGGAGCUGUACCUGAACAAACUUGCUGCUGCCUUGGGUACUCAAUUAGAUGGCAUUGGUGCAUCAAGGUAUCCUGUGCAGAAAGUUCAGUGGGACAGGGCAUCUGUGUUUUUGUCUUUUCUUUGCUUUUGCAUGUUCUUCUCAUGUUUUCAGGAACUCAUUCACCACAGUUAUUGGUAAAACUCUUUUACUUACAGUUUAGUUUGAGCCAAGAGCAGCCAAGUCCCUGGUCUUUCUUUCCCUUUAGAGCUGGCUAGGUGCUGGCAUUGUUCUGGCUGUGUGAUGGGAAAAAGACUUUAAAUAUUUGAUAUCCAGGAAAGAAAGAGUUUAUUCAAUCUUUGCUUUGCAAAUAACUCUUAUUUGCCCUGUUUAAUCUUUACCAGUGGACGCUAAUAAUACUAGGAAGCAAAUGAAUAAGAGGGGAGAAGCAUUGUGAAAGAAAAGUCCGGCACAGUAAGUACCACAUUAUACUUUCUUAGAAGUCUUUGACUGUGUGCUGUGUGUGAUCCCUGCUAUUUACUGGACUAUUCAGGACAAUGAAGUCUGCACUGUAUUUGUGUUUGCUGCUUUUUGGACUUCAAGUCCAGGGUCAACAGCAGGAACAAGUACACCAUUCCCCAAAACACCAGUCCCAGGCUGAUGUUGAAAACUUGCCUCAUGUCAAGCUAGCCCCCAGCAACGCUGACUUUGCAUUUAAGCUUUACAGGCAGAUCAGAGAUGAUUUUGGAGAUGGGAACAUUUUCUUCUCUCCUUUGAGUAUCUCCACUGCCUUUUCAAUGCUCACCCUGGGGGCCAGAUCAAACACUCUCAGAGAGCUGCACAAAGGCCUUGCCUUCAACCUGACUCAGCUGGAGGAGCAGGAGAUUCAUGAAGGAUUUCAGCGAAUCCUCCAGCUGCUGAAUGACCCUCACCGAGAAGUCCAGUUGAACAUGGGCAAUGCCCUGUUCAUAGAUAACCACGUGGAAUUGCUUCAAAACUUUUUGGAUCAUGUCUCAAAUUUUUAUUAUGCUGAAGCUAUUUCUACCAACUUCAAGAAUCCUCCAGAGGCUCUAAGGAAAAUCAAUGACUAUGUGGAAACAAAAACACAUGGCAAAUUUGUUGACUUAUUGAAGAGUCUUGAUCCAGAAAAUGUGAUUGUUCUCAUUAACUACAUUUUCUUUAGAGGCUCCUGGGAAAGACCUUUCAACAAUUUCAACACGAGAGAUGAUGACUUCUUUUUGGAUGCUGAGAAUUCUGUUAAGGUCAAAAUGAUGCAUCAAAACGAGGACUUUAAUGUCCACAGGGAUGAGAAGUUAUCUUGUUGGGUAGUAGAAAUCCCAUACAAAGGAAAUGUUACUUCAUUUUUUGUUCUGCCUGAUGAAGGGACAAUGAAACAGGUGGAAGAUGCUCUGCUAAAGGAAACAGUGGCUAAUUGGUUGAGAUCAUUUGAAAAAAGGAACAUCUACUUGGAUCUUCCACAGUUCUCCGUCUCGGGCUCCUAUGAUGUUAAGAGCCUGUUUAAGAAAAUGGGUGUGACAGAGGUGUUCAGUGAUCAGGCUGAUCUCUCUGGAGUGGCAAAAAAUCUUCUUCUGAAGGUUUCCAAAGCUAUUCACAAGGCCACAGUGGAUGUCAGAGAGAAUGGCACAGAGGCAGCUGCAGUGACUGUGAUAGAAAUAGUACCAUUAAGUUUACCUUUUCCUCCUCCUCCUCACAUCAACUUCAACAAGCCCUUCCUGAUGAUGGUUAUUGAUAAAACCACUGAUGCUGUGCUCUUCCUGGGGAAAAUUGUGAACCCAAUUGCUAGGAAAGACUAGCCCAGAGCACUUAAAUUCUCCAGGGCAGAGAGGAGAGCUUGUGCACAUCUCAGAAAUUUCUUUGCAAAUUAGGACUAGAACUGAUCUGAUGCAUAAUUAACAAAUAAAUAAACCUGCUGAUAAGUUCUUCUUUACUUCAAAACAGAAA